AUGCGCCAGAUACCUCACCCAGUGGUUGUAAUCACGACAUUGGACAAUACAUAUCGACAGCAGCUCGACUCGAACACCCCUCUCGAAGACAAAGACCUGAAGCGACCGGUCCCGCGAGCCAUGACCGUCUCCUCCAUGACCUCGCUGUGCAUUAAGCCCAUCCCCCGUGUCGCGUUCAACGUCACGUUGCCGAGCACGACCUACAACGCGAUCAGGAGCUGUGGUGUUUUUAAUGUGCAUAUACUGGCGGGCAGCGAGCAUGGUGCUAGGGUCGCGGACCUGUUUACACGGGGUAAUUACCGGCGGGUGGACGCGCAAGCCGCCGGACCGGAUGGGGGUGUCUUUGAGGGCCUGAUGGAGUUGGAUGUCCAGGUCCAAGGCCGAGAUGCAUGGGAGCAGGAGUUCGACCAAGAGGCUACCGGGAGACCGCUCUGCAACCGAGACGAUCCCUUGGACGCGGUCAUGUCUGUACCGUUGCUGCAGGGGAAAGGCAUAAUGCAUGUGCUCAGGUGCACACUCUACAGGCGCGCGGAUGAGAUCGAUCAGAAUGCGAUUGUCGUCGGCGAUGUCCGGGAUAUCGUGGCGGGAGAGCAGGCGCCGGAAGGGGCACAUGCUUUGGUUUAUGUUGAUAGAGCAUAUAGAAGGAUUGGGGAGCCGCUUCUUGAUAGGAGCCCGGUCGCGGACAAGGCGAUACGCCCGGAAGAGCCGGUAGAAGCUGGGGGAGUAGAAGGCUCGGGUAGACAGACCAAUGGGAAUAACGGCUAG